CGUGUAUCAGAGAGACACGCUCAAACCACCGCUCUGCUCACGUCGCCUCUACUUCGAUAUCGGAAACCACAUUGGGCCACAAUGGCGGUCGAGGCAUUCCACACAAGCCCACUAUUGCCCGUUGCCCAUCCUCAGCGCGACGUCCCUACGACUCCCUGCGACCACUUCGGCAUCAUCUCAGCGAGGAGGAAUCGAAAAGACCAGGGUCCACACUCCUUCACUCAUUCUGUCACCCCGUCGCCCUGCUUCUCAUUGCCCUCCAGAUUGCCCGGGCCCCACGGCCUCCGCCACAGCUACGCCCCGGAUAGUGGGAGGAGAGGCGAAGCAAUCAAUCUGAGUCGGGCUCUUGCUCGCCUCGAAAUGGCAAUUUGUCUCAAGAUUAUCAUCUUCGACACCACACACAGGUACCCGCCUCGGCGCCCCCAAGAAUCCAAUGAUUGUCAGCCAGUGGCGUCGGCAAAAAACUCCAAUUCUACAGCAACCAACUCGCGGCAUUGCCGAAUCCCGAACUUGGGCUUGACGACUUGUAUCUGGUGCGACGGGGCGGGCGGGCGGUCACGAUAAACAACGCACAGUACUUGGCGUUCGACGCUCGUUUAUCAACUCUCGGCCCUCAACUCUUAGCCGCCGGUUACGAGCCUGCGACACGAGCAACCUCCUGCACAACAUACCGCACAACCUCAUCGGCCGCACAAUGCCGUCCAGUGGCAGCAAUCACAGCCAUCACC